GGAGGCGGCGGGGCGCCAUGUCGUCACUUCCGGGGACAGCCAAGCCGGCGGCUCGCGAGGGUGGUCGCGCGCGAGGGACGGAGAGAGACGGAGCCGGCCGCGGACCCCCCCGCCGCGCCCCGCCAUGGCCUCCCUCCUCAAGGUGGACCCGGAAGUGAAGCUCAAGGUCGACUCUUUCAGGGAGCGGAUCACAGGUGAAGCUGAGGAUCUAGUAGCAAAUUUUUUUCCAAAGAAGCUUUUAGAACUGGAUGCUUUCCUCAAGGAUCCUAUUCUGAACAUUCACGAUCUCACUCAGAUCCACUCAGACAUGAACCUUCCCGUCCCUGACCCAAUUCUGCUCACAAACAGCCAUGAUGGACUUGAUGGGCCCAAUAUGAAAAAGAGAAAGUUGGAGGACUGUGAAGAGACUUUCCAAGGUACCAAAGUCUUUGUCAUGCCUAACGGGAUGCUGAAGAGCAACCAGCAGCUUGUAGACAUAAUUGAGAAGGUGAAACCUGAGAUCCGGCUGUUGAUCGAGAAGUGCAACACAGUCAAAAUGUGGGUACAGCUGCUGAUACCCAGGAUAGAGGAUGGCAAUAAUUUUGGAGUUUCAAUUCAGGAGGAGACUGUGGCUGAACUCCGUACUGUGGAGAGUGAGGCAGCCUCAUACCUGGACCAGAUCUCUAGAUACUACAUCACACGGGCAAAGCUGGUCUCUAAGAUUGCAAAAUACCCCCAUGUGGAAGAUUAUCGCCGCACAGUGACUGAGAUGGAUGAAAAGGAAUACAUCAGCCUGCGGCUCAUCAUAUCAGAACUGAGAAAUCAAUAUGUGACCCUGCAUGACAUGAUUCUGAAAAACAUUGAAAAGAUCAAGCGACCCCGAAGCAGCAAUGCAGAAACCCUCUACUGAGCGCGUCGACACUCUGAACUCGCAAACUGUUCAGUAGGCUCAAGAGUCUUUGCCUCGGUUUGUUAUGUGACUGUUGAGAUGGGGAAGCUGGCUGGAAACAGUUCUUGGCACACUUUUAGUUAAGUCUAAAGAAACUCUCUCCUAGCUCUCUCUGGCUGGUUUUUAUUUUGGUCUUGGGGUUUGCACCCAUCUCUGACAUCCAGAAGGCACAAGGCAGGAGGUUUUCUUCUUGCUAAAGUGGGAAAGGGAUGAGCGGACAGCCUGUUCUGAGUAGUUUUUACCCUGAUGUCAACAGCUGUGAGUGCCCAGGGGUUGAUUCCUUGACCCUAGUCAAGAGCAGCGCUGAGUCAAGUGCUGCAGAUUUAUGUGGUCCUUCCCUCCAGCCAUGGCAGCCUUCCCUUGGGGAAUGUAGUCGGGGGAGGGAAAUGAAAAGGAGUGCCCUUCUCAUUCCACUGGGCUGUCUGCAUCCUUCCUAGUGACCUGUCCAGUCAUGCGGAUUCAAAUACCACUGCUAAGGUUAUUUCUCUUCCUCCCAUCCUUCCCUGCUCAUUGUUUUGAAGCCAUGUUGAUUUUUGUUCACAGUUCUACUCCUCAGUACUUUUCUUAUUGGCUGUGGUACUUGUCUGUCUGUCUGUCCUUUUAAGGCUGUGGGCAUUUCCAGAGUGUCUGGGAUGGGGUGGACAGGUCUGUUCAAACCAGGUGGCCUAACAGACUUUGGUUUGCCGAUCCUGCAGUGGCAUGGCUGAUCAAAGCACUGACAGUUCAGAGUCUGAGCUCCCUUGACCCCUCGAAUGUGCCUGGCAGCUCUCCCUGAACCUGGCCCUUGUGGCCCUGGGAAGUGUCUUGGUCCCCUGUGUUUGUAGGAGUCCUGCUAGACUCCUUGAGGUUACUUUUCUAGUCUUCGGGAAAGCUGGAAGGAGGUGCCAACUAACUUGAGAUGCUGCAUUUCCCCAUGAAAUUUCCUCCCUUAACCUUUCUAUCCCUGUUGUGGUAGAUAGAUUUGUAAAAAUCAUGGCGGGCAGAAUGACAUUCUUCAGCUCCUCUCCCCUGGGUUGCGUUUGAUUCUUCCUGCUGCAAAUGCUGCCAGCUCCCCAAGGGCGCAAGAAGCGCUGGCCCCCUCAACUCUCUUACACUCUCCCUGCAAACACCUCCAUGCCAUUUGGUCAUUUGUAGCUGGGCAAGCCUUGGUCUUCCUCGGAGUCGAAUCUGGGUUAAACUCCCCACCUCUUAGCCGCUGUCGGAAAACAGCCUGCCCUGCCCCCUCCUGUCCCUUGUAUCUGUUGCUUUGUUGGAUUGUUCAUAUGUCCUUGCCACAUUGAACGUAUGUACAACUUUUAUUAUGUUGACAAAUUAAAGGUAGUAGGUACUUUGAA